CGUCAGAGUCAAAAUUGUCAGUAACCUAUUUACACAAUGAUGUAAGUUCGUAACUAAUAGGCUGCCCAAUACUUAAUUGGACGGUCUUUUUAAGGUAUAAUCGACAAUCUCUCACCCCAAGAUUACAAUGAACAUUUGGAGGAAAGUUUUUACAAAUGGAAACAUUGUAAUAAAUAAAGAUAGCGAACAUUUAAAAAAGAACGACAACCUAGAAUCGAGCUCACCUCGCGUUUUACCCACAACCUCACAUAUGCAAUCACCACUUGCGUCCAGUUCGGGGGUCCUGAUGGUAGGACCAAACUACAAGGUCGGAAGGAAAAUUGGCAGUGGGAAUUUUGGCGAAUUGCGGCUGGGAAAAAACCUUUACAAUAACGAGCAUGUUGCUAUUAAGAUGGAACCCAUUAAGACGAAGGCGCCUCAAUUGCAUUUGGAGUUUCGGUUUUAUAAAAUUUUAGAACAGUACGAGGGCAUUCCUAAGGUGUACCAUUUGGGCACCUGCGGUGGUCGGUAUAACGCGUUAGUAAUGGAACUUCUGGGUCCAACCUUGGAAGACCUUUUCACAUUGUGCGGUCGCCGUUUUGGGCUGAAGACCGUUUUAAUAAUCGCAGAUCAAUUACUGGCGCGAAUGGAGUAUGUUCAUAGUAAACGUUUAAUUUUUCGCGACGUAAAACCUGAAAAUUUUCUAAUUGGAAGGCUAGGAACAAAAAAGGAAAACGUAAUACACAUAGUUGAUUUUGGCCUAGCAAAGGAAUACCUCGAGGCCGAUACGAAUAAGCACAUUCCAUAUCGCGAACAUAAAUCACUUUUGGGAACGGCUCGAUACAUGAGCGUUAACACGCAUAUGGGAAAAGAGCAAUCUCGUAGAGAUGACCUGGAGGCUUUAGGACAUAUGUUCAUGUACUUUCUCAGAGGAUCACUACCUUGGCAAGGGCUGAAGGCGGAUACAUUGAAAGAAAGAUACCAGAAAAUUGGCGACACGAAGCGCAACACCCCCAUCGAAUUAUUAUGCGAAGGACACCCCGAAGAAAUGGCUACUUACUUCAGAUAUGUCAAGCGAUUAGAUUUUACCGAGGCGCCCGAUUAUGACUAUCUAAGAAAACUGUUUGGAGACCUAUUUGAGGCGCAAGGAUAUGUUAAUGACAAAGUUUUUGAUUGGACAGGUCUAACUGCCCCAUCAAAAACUACCCUAUCAAAGGCAUGAGAGGACGCUCUGUAGGGAGGCUUCUUGCUUAGUUUUAGGUUUUAGGCAUUCCGACAAAGUCCCUAAAGAAGCGCGCUCUGCAGUUGUAGAUGUCGAUUCAAUAAAAAAA